GACAGAGAUUCAUUCGAGCGUAACAAAUUGUUAAGCAUGUCAUAUGUAGCAGGAUACAUCUUUAAGAUAAUUUAAAGGCGUUUUUUUUGUUCCAGUUUAAAGUCAUAUUAUUUGUAGUAUUCUAACUCAUAGGCGGUUCACUCGGUAUUCCCGGUAAAUAACACUUUCUGGGUGUUUCGAUUGAAGUGGUAGAGCACCGUUUAAACCAACCGAGGGUGACUUACGUCGUGUUACUGACAGCACUGCUGGAUUCACUGGUGGCCAAGCAGACGUUUCCGUAGUGGAAAGCAGGCAAGAGUUGCUAUUAGGUGUUUAGCAAGUGAGCCUGUCAGUUAAGCCCAGCUACCACAGCGAGUCCCACCCUCGUCGAGUGCGUUCACGUUGAGAGAAGCUACAGAGUCCCCUUCUUUUUUUCCCUUCCCCUCUGUCUUUUAAGUUCUUCUGCAUCGUUUGACACAUUUACAUCUAACUGGCAGCAACAGCUAGUAGUCGUAUGACCGUUAGCCAAGUGACGCUAACGUAAAUUGUCGAGAUCGUGUGUAUAUUCUGUGUUGGACUACGAUCUGACAAACUGAAAUAAGCGGCAGAAUAAGGGAUAACGAGGAAGACACCGAGACGGAGGGGACUGGCUAGUUCAGCCGGCGAGAUUUAAAUCGCACAUUGAUCGCAAACACCGCCACCGAGCCACACACAGCCAUGAGUAUUGAGAUACCGGUGGGGUUGACAGAAUUGCUGCAGGGUUACACUGUGGAAGUGCUCCGACAAAGGCCGUCAGACCUGGUGGAUUUUGCUGUACAGUACUUUACCCGUUUGCGGGAAACAAGAAGUCAGGAUGGGGCCGGUGCUGGAGGAAAGAUGGGGAAGGGAGUGAUGUUUGAUGGAGAGCCAAUGCAAACAGAGUCGAAUGGAGACGAUGACGAAGACGACGAUUCCGACUUUGAACCUCCUCCGCCCAGCAGAUUCAAUAGGAGAGUGUCAGUGUGUGCUGAGGCAUUCAACCCAGAUGAGGACGACGAGGACACAGAGCCCAGGGUGGUUCACCCCAAAACAGACGAGCAGCGUUGCAGACUGCAGGAGGCCUGUCGAGACAUUUUACUCUUCAAAACGUUAGAUCAGGAGCAGUUCUCUCAGGUGCUAGAUGCCAUGUUUGAAUCACGGGUUCAGCCCCAGGAACACGUCAUCGACCAGGGCGAUGAUGGAGACAACUUUUAUGUCAUAGAGAGGGGUAUAUAUGACAUUGUGGUAUCAGGAGUAUGUGUGGGUCAGUACAAUAAUAAGGGCAGCUUCGGGGAGCUGGCACUCAUGUACAACACGCCACGUGCUGCCACCAUCAUUGCCACCCAGGAGGGAGCGCUAUGGGGCCUGGACCGUGCCACCUUCCGUAGGCUCAUUGUGAAGAACAACGCCAAGAAGAGGAGGAUGUACGAAUCGUUCAUCGAGUCUGUGCCCUUACUUAAAUCACUGGAGGCAACAGAAAGGAUGAAGUUAGUGGACGUACUAGGAGCGAAGCAGUUCUCAGAUGGCGAGCGAAUCAUCACACAGGGAGACAAGGCUGAAUGUUUCUACAUUGUAGAAUCUGGAGAAGUCAAGAUCAUGAUGAAGAGUAAAACAAAGGCAGGCCAUGCAGACAACGCGGAGGUGGAGAUAGCGCGCUGUAGCAGGGGUCAGUACUUUGGGGAGCUGGCCUUGGUCACUAACAAGCCCCGGGCCGCCUCGGCCUACGCAGUCAGCAGUGUGAAGUGUUUGGUAAUAGACAUCCAGGCGUUCGAGCGCCUCCUGGGCUCCUGUAAGGAGAUCAUGAAGAGAAACAUCGCCCACUACGAGGAGCAGCUGGUAGCCCUCUUUGGUUCCAGCAUGGACCUGAGAGACUAAGCCUCCCACUCCGCCCUCUGUGCCUUCUAUCACACACACUCGUUCUAUCUUACACACGCACACACACACACAUAUACAGAAAAAUCAACAAACACGCACAUCUUUACCAUCUUGCAGUUCUUACAGACUCACAAGUUGUACACAUUCAUUCCAACACAUUAGAAUGUUGUACGUGGUCCACUUGCAGGUACAAAUGUCCUCCCAACACAUGAAAUCACACACACACACACACACACACAUAUACUGGCACCUAAGUGUAUGUAUAGGCACAAAGAGGUGCCAACUUUACCCACGUGCACAUGCUGACACACGGACACAGCUAACUGAAGGACACACACUGUUUAUUGAGCCAGCUCAGUAUGAAAAAAGUCCAUGAUGUAAUGACCUUAAUGCGGGUGAUGCAGUGUGAGGACAAAGGACACACACACACACACAGGUAUAAACACACUCCUCAUUUAUAAACACCUCAUGUUUUACACAGGCCGGCUUGACACGAGCACUUAAAGAAGUCAGUCGUUCCAACAAUCCUCAGCCAAGGACACAUUUCUCACACACUCCCCACACUGAAACACACAAACACAUACAGAUAUUCAAACACACAAAAACACACAUACAAGCAGCCACACUUGCAAAAAUGGACACAUUGUGGUGAAAUGGUGACAGAAAAACGUUUAAAAAAUCUCUGAAAAGGAAAACAAAUAAAAUGCAAAAAAAAAAAGGUGAUACGUUUAAAGACGACAAAAGUUUUAGAAAUGUUUUAUGAAGACAAAAAAAAAAAAAAACAGAAGCUUUGAUAAAAUAUUAUUUAAA